AUGUUUAUUUAUUACAAAUGGGUCGUUAUUGGGUUUCGUACAUCAGAAGAUUUAGAAGAAAAUAGACUGUCUAUUACCAAGAGCACUCUUCUCUUUAAGGCUAGCAAAGUUGCUUUUCAUGCUUUCAGACAGACAAAUAGACAGACAGACAGACAACCUAACAAAUGCAUUGUCACCUACGAGUUCUGUUUACAGACAUCUGGUCAUGUACUCAAUGUUAUGAGAGGUUCUUCCUGCAUAUGCACAGACCCCAAGCAGCACAAACAAAAAACUGCUCGCAGAAUAAUCCGUGAAUUUGUACGGAGCAGAGAUGGAACAAUCGGACAGGCAGCACUCAAAAUUAACGAUGGGCGCGAGAUAAUAAUUGAAUCUUCAACACAACUCGCAUUGAACGCUCAGCGAAGCCAUCGAAACAGCGAACAAGAAGUUAGGCAAGGUGCAGCCGCAAGCAACAAGAUCGUUCAUCACUUGAAAACUUUUCACGUCGCGAGAUGGCGGGAAAUCGUUGGAAAAUGUCGUAAAAACAUUUUAGUGACGUUCUUUCAUUGCAUCCCUCGUAUGGAAGUUGCCUCCUUCUUACGCUUCAGGAAACACUUAUUUUUCUCUGAAUUCACUACAAUAUCUUUCCAAGUAGACAUAGGUAACCGAAGGGAAGCAGAAAAAAUGCAACUGUUGAACAACCACAAAACAAAAACGAUGAGAAAGAAGGAAACGAGCCAGCAUUGCAAAGAGGAUACUUUCAAUAACACACGAGCACAAGACCACGUUUUGUGCAUCUCAUUGAAUUUAUGGCCGCUCUUCGCAUUGAAAUCAUUCAUAUUACGUUCUUUGAUGCUUGACAUUCUUCAAGUCUUCUUCCUCUUGCACGUUCUGCUUGUGAUGCUGCUCUGCUUAUGUUUUCAGAGAUUUUUUCAAACAUUAGAAAAGUUCGAUACAACUCAUUCGAGAAAGGAACUACAAAAACGAAACCUCGACUCAAUAGAAGUGAAGGCGGUUCUGGUGAACCGCCUAAGGAACGCUCUGAUAAAAGAAGAAAUCGAUCCGGAUGAGUUCGAUUUUCCGGAUCCUGUAGAACAACAGUUUGUCGAAAUGAACAGAAAAUUUGAUCAACAGGCAGAAAAACUAAACAAGGUCGCCCAGGAACUAAACGACAAGAUGGACCAGCAAUCAAAACAAAAAUUUCAGAACGAAACGAAAAGAUGGGUUUGA